AAAAUUUUAAUGAAAAUUUGUAGGUAAUAAGGACACAAUUUGUAGAUGUUAUUAACAGGAUAUGCCAAUUCCAUUAUUUUUCUGUGCAUUUUGCCCUUUUGAACUUGAAAUUUUUGCCAUUUAUUGAUCGUAGAAAUGAAACAAUUUUCCAGAGCAAUUCCUCUUUAACCCCUAUAAAUUUCAUGUAACCUUGUAGUUGUUAACACAAAAAUGCAUAUUUACAGAAAAUUCCAAUGUGAUGUUUUUUAUGAAAUAAUGUUGCAUGUGUACCAGUAAUACAUUAAAUUCGUGUAGUAUUGUCAGGUAAUGUGGGAUGGUGGGGUAUGUGAGCUUGUUCACUUUUUUUCAUUUAAGAAGUCACUGUAGAAAAAUUAAAAGAGAAUAUGAAGAAUAUUAUGUUAGAUUUGAGUUUUAGUUGAGUUUUAGUUAAGUAGAGGAUUUAUAGAUCCAGUAAAUCAAUCUAUUUGGUAAAUUUUGCUCUGAUUACAAAUGUCACAGGCAAGUGAGAUUACAGAAUGUUUAGUUCAGAUCAUGCACUGAAUUGCAUUGAUACAGGAGUUUAACAAAUGAAUGCAAAAUAUUUAAUAUUUUUACAAACAAUGAUCCCACAAUCCUCUGUGUAUAUAAACAAUUACAAUAAACGUUAAAUUUUGAUAGAUAUAACUUAUGUCCUGCAAAAAUUAGGACUCUUAGAUAUUAAAGUAUGUAUUAGAAUAGAUGUUAAAAAAAUUUAACCCAAACAAUGAACUGGAUGAUACCUUGUAGUUUAAUAUCAGUGUUCACCAAGUUACUGUUUUCCCCACCUUAUAAUAGCUAUAUAGUGUGAGAGACAUUCCAUGAUGUACUGCAUUUACUAAUCUUUCUUAUAAACUGAUCUCAAGUUAAAAACUAUAUGCUUGUGUAGUUUGCCCACACAUUAAAAAAAACCUAGGCUUCACAUUGCCCCAUGUGAGUCAGAAUUGGGAUAUGCCAAUGAUACAGAGGCAACAGAUGAAUCUAAUUGAUAAAAUCAUUGUUACAACAGCUCUCCCUAGUCAUGCAUAAUUGAUACUGCACAUGAAAAUAAUGUGUACCAUCAGUCAUAAUCAGGCACUGUUGUUCUCAUUACAUGUGGCAAUUAACCGGGAGAAGUUAAGUGUAAAAUACAUAGGCCCAGUAAUGACGACUGACUGUGUGGAAGAUCUACCUUGAUGUGUAUCAAUAGGCUAAUCAAAGGAGUUUUUAAAAAGUUAAAUGUUUUAUAAAUUUUAGACGUUUAUAUAACCCAUGCAUUGUUAAGGCAGCCAAUAAAUCAGAAAUGAACUUGAUUUUUUUUUUUAUUUAUAAAUUCGAUCAAGUUUAAGUUUAUAAUUAAAAACUGUGUGGUUUGCACUACACUGCAGUCAAUUAAAAACAUGAACAACAAUAUCAGAUCAAGAGUAGAUUACUCUGAAGGCAGAACAAUUGUAUGAAUUUCAUGCAUAUUAUUAAACUAGACCGAAUACAUAUCAUGUAAUCCAUUACUUUACAAAUGUUUUUCCAAUAUAUUUCAAAUUUUACAAGAUUUCAGACAGUAUGUGUCUUCUUUAUCUCUUAGAUAUCUAGAAAUAGAUAAAUAAUCACAAAUGUCAAACAAGACAUAACUAUUUCUCUGUCUUGUACACAUAUUAAAAAAUGUGGAAGUAUUACUUGUUGAUUGACUAACUUUGGUUUGGUAUUGACUUUGGUGGCCACAAUAAGCAGUCAUAUUCUCUUGUGCAAUCAACCUAACAAUAGGAGCCAAUUAGUUGUGUGGCUAAUUGCUAUACAAUAUUUACAGGUUCAAGUCCAUCAAGGUCCUAUGUGAAUUCAUUAGAUGGAAUAAUCUUGUAGCAGGUGAAAAACUGAGCAAGUUUUUGAGGUCUAAGUUUCAUGGUCAUUAUUUUCUCUUUAUGAUGAGUCGGUGCUGAUAGGUAUUUUUGGUGAUUAUGUAAAUGUGCAUUAAAUUCAUCAGACAGUGGAAAUUCUUCAAGCAUCAGCAGCUUUCAAAAUUCGACAUCUAUUAGAAAUCUCAGCCUAUAGUAGUAUGUAUAGAAAAUAUAGCUGUGAUCACUAUUUCAUAAUAUAAUAGAAGUUUGGUUUAUGAGACAUAGAUAUGUAUAAUUGGGCCACAUUUUAAUGCUCACAGAGGAAUGAUAAUGUGACACAUAAAAAAAUGCAAAUGCAGUGUCCUGAAUAGUAUAAUGUCAUUUAAUUCUUACUACUGACCUUGAAAGAAUCUACUGGUGUAUAAGAUUGUGACAGGUAAAUAAUGCAGGGAUGACAUUUAUUUGGUAGAUAUUUUGAUCAACAGAAUGCAAGUUCCUGAAAUGCAUUACAUGUAUUUAUAUAAACAAAUGAGUCAUACGUUCAUGUAUGUACUACAUUUAAAAUGCAAUAUGGAGAUCAAUAUUGAUAUCGUGAUGGUAUUCACAUAAUGGUCUAUUGAUGGUUAAAAAAUGUAAAGAAUGUAGCCCCAAUCUCCAUAUAAGUUUUCCAACAUAAAAUAUUGAUGGAUAAAUGUUAAUAUGAAUAACAUAUGUUUAGUGUCAUGGUGUAUUCAUUAAUGGAGGCUCUAGGGAGCUAGAUUACCUUUGAGAUGACCCCCAGUGGUUGAUAACACAAUUUAGGAUCAUCUCCUUGUAACAUACUCCCAGCAUUCUGAUGCAGGAUUGGUGCCAUACAAACUUGUGUAUCUGGAUGGAUGCCACCUCUGUAUUGGUGUGAUAAAAAUACCUCCACACUCAACACUGAACUGGCGAAAACCAUUACGGCUGCAAAACCUGGGACGUGUACAAUACUUGGGAUGUUAUUAUUGUUGAUCAUUCAGUGUGAAAAUAAGUAGUAGAUUUAAACAGCAGGAAUGUAAACAUACAUCUGGAAGGCUUGAACAGGUGUGAAUCAGAGGAAUUCUGUGUAACACAUACUCUUUUUUUAGCGUGGAUGAUCUGAGGAUAUAGAAUACACAAAUGGCGCAAGACAAACAUAGGCCGAAGAAAAACACCUUCACCAAAACUGAAAGGAGCUUUGAAUCUGCAGACUCCAUCAGCCAAACUACACCAGAUGCUUCUGAAAAUGAGGAGCGUAGUGCAUUGCAAGCAGAAACAAAAAGACUUGCCUUAGAACAGUUACAUAAAGCCAAGAGUAAACCUGUGGCUUUUGCGGUCCGCACUAAUGUAGCCUUCAACGGGACAGCGGAUGGGGGGGACUGCCCCGCACCUGGUCACUGCGUCUCUUUCGAUGUGAAGAAUUUCUUGCACAUCAAAGAAAAAUUCAACAAUGACUGGUGGAUUGGGCGGCUGGUCAAGGAUGGUUGUGAUGACUGUUUUAUACCCAGUCCAGCCAAACUGGAAAAUCUCAAGUCUCUGUCUGGCCCCAAAAGCAAAAUGUAUGUAAGACGCAAUGACUCCAAUACCACCAUGGAAGGUAUGCUGGGGCAGGGAACAGGUAUGAACUCCUCCCGAGAAUCCACCCCACCCACGCCAGGAAUGAAUGAUGAGAAUGGAGCAGACAGCACUGUGGGUGAGGACAGCGACAGCACAAAAGCCUACAAGUCAGGCGGCAUCAUUCCUCCAGCCAAAGAGAAGAAAAAACCAUUCUUCAAAAAAUCUGAGUCAGUGCCACCUUAUGAAGUAGUGCCUUCCAUGAGACCAGUUGUCCUCAUUGGUCCCUCACUGAAGGGUUAUGAGGUCACAGACAUGAUGCAAAAGGCUCUCUUUGAUUUCCUCAAACACAAGUUUGAAGGGAGGAUCAUCAUUACCAGAGUUACUGCAGAUAUUUCGUUAGCUAAACGAUCUAUAAUUAACAAUCCCAGUAAACGAGUCUUGUUGGAUAAACAGAGUCGCUCUUGUGGAAUAGGGGAAGUGCAGAAUGAGAUAGAGAGGAUUUUUGACUUGGCCAGGUCUAUGCAGUUGGUAGUUCUAGAUUGUGACACCAUUAACCAUCCCUCACAAUUAGCAAAAACUUCUCUAGCUCCAAUUAUUGUUUAUGUCAAAAUUGCUUCACCAAAGGUAUUACAGCGAUUAAUCAAAUCUAGAGGGAAAUCUCAGAGCCGUAACAUGAAUGUACAGUUAGUAGCUGCUGACAAACUGAACCAGUGUAGUCCAGAUAUGUUUGAUGUUAUUCUUGAUGAAAAUCAGCUGGAAGAUGCCUGUGAACAUCUGUCCGAGUUUUUAGAAGCUUACUGGAAAGCAACACAUCCAGUAGAUAACACCCAGCAAACAAAACUAAUGCCUUCCCCCAAUCCCAUGACGAGGCAUAACACAGUGCCCCCUGGGCAUGGGCACGGACACGGGCACGGGCAUGGGCACCAUGGACAUGGUCACAGUGUUCAUAGUUCAUCAUUUCGUGAACCGCGGAGACACGAUGAUCAUGAACAUCAUAUACGUGGUGGUGAUAGAGACACAAGUCCUUCCCGUGAAAAACUCCACGAUCGUGAUCUGAGAUCGGGACAUUAUGAACGUAGUGAUUACAAUCGGAUGUCGCCCCGAGAUUACGAUCGUAGAGACCAUAGUGGUGAAAUGCACGAGCCACGGCGAGAUGACCGGUACUCUCAUAGAAAGGAGCAUGAACACUUUGACACGAGAGAAGCCUAUGGUUCACCAACAAGGAAUUCUAAAUAUCCCAUGAAACAACAGUCUAUAGAUAUAUAGACCACCGAUAACUGUGUGAGAUAAACCUUCCAGGGAUUUGCAAAUAGCGUAGUGAUUAAAAUAUUCAGUGUUUUUGACCUCUAUUUUGUUAUAAAGGUCAUGUGCCAUGAAUGACCUUUACCCAUGUUAAGCUGUAGGUAAAUAUUUACCUACAGGGGAUAGUUAAAGAUCAUAUGUCAUGCGUUUAAAUGUGGUGUGAAUGCCUUCCUUUGAGACAAGAAGUUGUCCACAAUAGAGUUUUCCCUGGAUUUCUUGUGACCAGUUCUUGCAUACUGUAUGUAGCUAUAGAGAGAUUGUAAUGAAUUCUCCAAUAUUCUUCUUCUACAGUUAUCAUGUUCUUCCUGCUAGAUGAUGUUGGACUUGUUAAUGCAGAAGUCCUUGCCCCAAGUUCAGUACGUCAGACUAUGUAGGGCAAAGGACGUAUUUGGUUGAAGACUAUCAUUGAUCAAGUUACGCAAUCUGAAACGUGUUUUAAGUUGAUCUGCAAUAUUCUCACUUUUCAUUGUUGUUUUGUUCAGUUGAUGUCCUCAGAUUUUGCUGGCAAAAUUAUGUGUCAUGGUUACCAUAACCAUAUAAAAUGUCUCCAAGUAAUAUACUUUACAACUCUGGUGUGUAGCUUUCUACAAAAGUGCAAUAAAUAUUAGGUUUUUCAAUCAAAUUGCAAAAAAAAGGUGAACCAAUGUUUGUUAGUGCAAUUUUUUUUAGUGCAAAUUCUCAGUUGUGUAACUAUAUUACAGGAUUACUAUCUUUUAAAAUGCUCACUUGUAUUAUUUUAUUUAUAUUUUUAAAAACCUAUGGCUGGCCAUAGUAGUUUUUGGGGUUUAUUUUGUAUUUUAAUUUGAUAUUGUCCCAUUUCUUUGUGUAACUACGCACAUUUAAUGAAAUUAGGAGUUAUUUCCCUUUAUCCUGAAUCUCGAGGUAGAAUCUCAUUCUAGCAGCCGAUCAUAUAACUAGUAAACAGAAUCAAGCAUUUUUUUAUCCAAGAUAUUGUGUUAACUCAAAAUACAUGUACCAUAUAUGUUAAAGGUUUGAAACUAUCAUUUUUUAUCUGUGUAAAUGAAGCAUACAUGUAGUUGAUACAAUGAAAGUACAGAAUGUCUCCAAUACCUUAAUUAUUCAGGUUGGGAAUAUUCUUCAUUUUGCUUCACCAAUUGGGUAAAAAAGGUGUAUUUAUUGAUGUAAAAUGAUGUGAUCAAUGAAGCUAAACUUGUAUGCAUAGCACUUUUUAUUGGAAUCUCAAUUUGUAUCUCAAUAUGUAUUGUUUAGAGACAACUUGAGUGUAAGCACAACUUGUGUGAAAUAUUUACUGAAAACGUAGUAGAAUGUAGUGUGAAGAGUUGGAGAACUGUUUUUUUUAUUAUUAUUUAUAAUUUUAUACCUCUUGAGAAAAAGAAUAAUCUUGAAUACCUUAAUAUAUUAUAGAUUCCAAUUUUUCAUUCAAUCUUACCACUUUUUCCCUUUACAGUGGAAUCAGUUUGUUGUUAUUUUGCCCUGUGAUUCAGGAAAUAUUUGUGGAUUAGACACAAAUUAGAUCUUGCAUAGAAACAAACCAAGUUUUAAUUCAUACUAUAUACGUUAUUACACAUGCACACCAUUUUGUUGAUUACAUGCUUUGCUCAUAGUUUUUGUUAACAAGUGCAAUGUUAAGAGAGACGAUGUACCAGUUCAUAUUUUUAUUGGGAAAAAUCGAAGUGUAAGCAGUAGAAAUCAUGUGUAGAGACUUCUUUAAAUAAUCAAGACUUUUGUGGACGUUUUACAAGACUGUGUGUAUGGGUGUUUUGUAUGGGAAGCUACUUUGCUUCCUUAUUCUACAUGAGAGAUCGUUCCUUGUUGAUGGAUAUUCCACAAUUAAUAUAUAAUGCAUUUAUAUCUCCAUUUUGUUAACGGUAUGGGAAUUGUUGCACUACCCUUUAAAUUCUGUACAAUAUUAUUCGGUAUGUCAAUUUUAUUAAAUAUUUCCAAGUUUGUUGGAUUUGUAAAUAAAACGGAUUUUUAUCUCAACA